AUGAAUGCAGCUUCUGACUGCUCUGUUUCUCCUCCUGGAAUCGCCCCCUGCAACGCCAGCAGCUGCGGCGGGGGCGCCGAAGGGAAGGGCAUCACGUCUUUGCAAGCCGAAAACCCCGAAGCCUAUGCGGCCAGAGACUUCGUGCCUGCAAGCUGUGGGCUCGGCAGGCCUACAGCAAACCCUCUGUCCACUGUGAACGGCAUAUCCGGUGAAGCAAGUGCAAGCAUGCCAGCCGCUGCACCAAGUGGCCCGAAUUCGCCAGCCCAGAAUUCUGUGUCCAGAGAGGCGUCUGCAGGCGCAAGCGGCUUGGCAUGCAGUCGACAGCCUCAGCUUUUGGCUGUGCAGGGUCUGGGGCUUGUCCCGCCUUUGUCUUCCUUCGCGUCCACCGCACAGUCGCUGGCAAAUCGAACGGGAAGCCCGAAUGGGAUGUGCCCCUUUCCUCGGAACGGUUCCCCUCCAGCGUUUGCUGUCUCGCCUUCCGCCCCGCCGCGGUCCGGGAGUCUGGAUCCUUCGACUUGGCUGCUCAGCAGUCCGCAAGCGUCGGACAGACGCACGCAGCUGGCCCGACAGCUGUCGAGUCCUCUGGCCAGCCGAGCCUCCAUUUCUCCCGCUCGAGUAUUUGGGCUUCAAGCGGUCUCUCCCCUUCGAUCUCGGGCCACUUUGGCGCCAAGGCCGCUCGCAGAGACGUUCUUUGGCCUCUGCAGUUCCGCAGGUGGCUCGUGCGAACCAAACCACCCUCUCGUGCAUGGACUUCUGCCGUCGGACUCUCCCGCGGCUGGCGAGAGAAACGCAGUCUCCCAUCCCGGACUCGUUUCUGCUGGCUCACCUCCUUCGACCAGCUCUCCCCCACAGGCUCGAAGCUGUGAGCGCCAACGACCGAAUACAACCGCCCCCUCGAGCGCCAGUGUCUCAAAUUUCUGUGAGCUGUCUGUCUCGGCUUCCACCUCCGACGUGGGUUCGCCUUCCGCUGCGAACACACUCCAGGAAACCGAGCUUUGCUCUGUAGCUUCACCCUCUGGGACUGGCAGUGCGCCUUCGGCUCUCUCCAAUGCGAAACCGUCCUCUAUGGAAACGCGAACAGACGGAGAGCAGGAAUCGUCGCCCGUCAGAGCACGCCCAGGUGCGGCACCGAGGAUUCAAGCCACGUCAGGGGGGCCCCUGUCCGGCGAACCCAAGGAAGCCGAGAAAAACGAUGCUUCAGCAGAAAAGCGAAAGACAAAUUCCGUUCGUUGGAGAGCGUCGAUCAUGUCGAAUUCUCCAGAAAAAACGCCGCUUGAGAUCCGAGCCAAGACCCCGGAAGCGCGAAGGCGCCACGGUUCACCGGUCCGAUCUCGGCCGCGCAGCACCUCAACGCUGUCGGGCCAGGUCAGGGGAACGAAGCAGCCACAAGCCGCCGUCUCGCCAAGUUUGAGCGCGACACUCGAGGCGUCACGCGGAGACUCUCUCAGGAGCCGCUGCCGGUCGCCGGUUCCGGAACGCUCACAUAGUGUGGCGCGACAUCAGUCCGCUCUCGGGUGUCGUGGAAGGCGACCGCCGACUACUUCAGGAUCGACCAAGUCUCCUUCACCCGAGUGUCGAGCGCGGCCCUCGUCUAGAGCCGGCUCUCGCCGCCCGGGACGUUUACUGAUGCCUCGAGCUGAAGUUCGCCCUUCUUCUUCUGGUGUCCUCUCGUCCCACUCCUUCAGCGGGGGGAGGCUCCCUCUGGAUAUCAAGGAGCUAAAGAAAUUGCACAAGCAUCCGCUGACAGGGAAGCCGUCCAACAGUUUGUCCUCCGUCACGACCCUGCCGGCCGUGCGUGAACCGAAUUGCUCCGCACUGCGGGAGAGAGCAGCCAGUGUGUCUGUUGGCGCGCAAAAGACCUUAAAUAAGAAGGGUAAAGCAACAGACUCCAGAACAGAGACGCCCACGUCGUCGCCGAGUCCCGCACCCGUCAGAGACGCGUGUACCCGGCGCAAGGGCCCUGUGUCUGUGAGUCGAAAUGGAGGCGCGAGAAGCAGCUCCACGCGUCCGGUGAGCAGAGGACGCGUAUCCAUCGACCCCGCGAAGAAGCGUGAGAAAACUGAGUCUCUCGCUUCUCGCUCGCGGUCUGCUUCCCCGACACCGGUGGACCCUGUCCGUGUCAAGGUCCGAAGAAGUGCGUCUCGUCUGUCAGGACAGUCCCACACUGUCGGUGGCACGAAGGGAGUUGCCCAACGGAAGACGCCUGUCAAGCAGCGGACCCGCAGUGGCACUUGCAUUCGGCCUGGGUCGGUGGUUUAUGAGCCCUCGCGCCAAGUGGUAACUCCCAGAAAUGGAAGCCCGGCUCACAGAGCCGCAAGCACAGUCCUGACUCGGAGACAGCGAUCUCGAGGGCGCCACAGCUCCGUCCGGCCCCUACCCCGGGGCUUGAGUCAGCGCGACAGCUCCCUUAGCUCCUCCGAUACUGGCGAAGCGAGUUCUGGCAGCGACACACGCUCCCUCCAUCGUCUCAUGAGGUCGACCCUGUCUCUGAAAGUGCGUUCGAUGUCCUCGGCCUUCGCGGAAGGACCGCUUCACCUCUUGAGGCCUCCGUCGUUCGAGCUUGCCGCAUCCUCUGACAGAUCCUCUCCCGAGUCUCGCAAGGCGUCCUCCACUGUCUCUCUCUGUUCAGGUGCCGCUUCCGCGACGGAGCCGUCUACCCUGCCUGGGUUGGGGCAAAGCUUUUUGACCGUGGGCGUCUGCGCCGCGGCGCCGGAGGGGGACUCGGACGGCAGGGGCAGCGGCUCCAGCACGUACCGUCGGGCGAGCUGCGCGUCGUCUGUCGGCGCGGCCUCGAGUGAUUGGGCCGAAGUUCCAGGCCCUGUGGCUUCGACGCGAGCUUCAAGGCUUCCCGCGACUCAGGCCCAGGCGCGGCGCCAGCAUCCAGGGAGAGACGAAAGCGACACAGAGGGGGGACCUGGACUUGCGCCUACGCGCUCCGGCCGGAGUGAAUCCGUUUCUUCUGGAUACUCGUCGACGGAGAGGCGGUCUCCGCGUCUCCAGGAAUCUCGCGCGCCUCAGCUCAGAAACCGUAGCACUGCUGACCUGUCUCCUCGCGCGCGCCGCCCCUUGGCUCCCUCCAAAGAGGAGACGGCGCCUCGCGGCGUCCAACUCCCUCGACUGAAUCUGGAUGUCCUGGGCCAGAGUCAGGAGGCACCGAAGAGAGUCGAAAGCGGGGAAGCCCCGAAAAAAGGUCCCGGCGGACGGGCACCGAGUUCGGCUCCGCACAGUGGCACUGAGGGCCGCGCCUCAACAGCCGAGCGGCCGCGUCCCGACGGCGACGGCGCGUUGCCUCAGGCGAGAGAGACCUCUGACGCUGCGAGGGAGCGCGCAAAGGGAGGCACGGCGGCGGGAACGCCUCGAGUGCCCGGGGACAGAGACCGCCCCGUUCAAGGACGAAACGAGCGAAGCCCCCAAUCACGCAUAGGUACGCGAGAAAUCGCGGAAAGGCAUGGUCCACCAAAGAAAAAGAGUCCAGAGGUGGCGGAACUGUCGCUGCCCCGGCGCAACACCAUGCGAGAGGUAUCUCCCCGGGCUCUCGCCGGCGCCGGUGCUGUCGAGCACAGUGCGGUCAGACAGCGUGCGUCGACCUCAUCGGUCUCACACGGGCGCUCUAGAGCGGCCGAAGAGACAGACAGAUCUUCCGCCUCGCAAGACUCGGUUGCGGUCGCGGUGAAGACGACGGGAGGCGAGCUUCGCCACUCGACUUCGAAGGAGAUUUCGCUUUUGAAGAAGUCCGCGAAUGCGCCUCCGUCGCCUCGCGCCCACGUGACGGGGACGCAGAGAGCGAAGCCUGUGGCAUUUCCUAGUCGAGGCCAACCAACUGGCGCCGCCGAUUCCUUAUCAAAGAAGAGCCCGACUGGAGGCGCGUCUUCCUUUGACCUCUCUGAAUCUGCACGGCGCGAGCAGGAAAGAACGCGUGAGACACCCUCAAGGCCGCGACUCAGCGCUCUGCCAGGCAGCCUGCCCAAGAGCAAAGUCUCCCCGCCAGGCCCGCCGCGACCUCGUGCUUCGCAUUGGGAGACGCCUAGCGAAGCGCGCGACGCCUCAGACACGCAUGCAGCGAAGGCGCGACACCCUUCAGGCAGAGCCGACGCAGGCGCGCGUUCGGCCAGCGUCUUGUCCGGCGAUGAAGGUCCCCGAGGGGACCUGGAGGCCCAGGAACAGUCUGACUUGACUCUCCAGAACUCCCCCAACAUCAAGCGACCGCCGCUGCGUCAAGCGUCUGUUUCAAGCGCACUGUCGGAAUCACCGUUGGGCGGGGCUGGUGGCAGGGGCAUCGGUGGAGCUCGCAAGAACUUUGCGCCUUUUCAAGGUGUCGCGAUUGCUGCCAAGGGGACUCAGACCCGAGUCGCUGCGAAAGCGAGGCCUUCUGAAUCUUCGCAAGCGAACGCGGGUGCGCUUUCGUCGCCGUCUGACUCUCUUCGAACUGUCAGCUCCUCUUCACCUCGCCGCAUGCAACGGCCUUCGGGCGCGAAAGAUCUCUCGCGCCCCGGUGAGACUCGGCGCGUCAACCUUACGGCCUCGCCGGCGUCGAGCGCGCGGCGCAGCGACAGCGAAAUCCCCAGUCUCCGAAUUGAGAAGAGCAGCCGCGGGAACGAGGGCGCUAGACGCCAUGGCUCCGGCCUCCCGAGUCUCUCGGGGUUGGGCGACUCCGCUGAGAAGGAAAUGGCGAGGGCAGGCAGCGCCUUGAAAGUCGCUCAGGGAAAGCUCGCGAAGAAGGCGCCUGCCUCUCCGCGAGACACGAGACUCCUUUCGCGAUCGCUCACGCGCAGCAGCGUCCUGUUGGAGCUCCCGGGAGAGAAAUCCCUCGGAGGCGUGAAGCGACCGAAAGCGAAGGCUUCAGGGAAAGCCGCCGCCGGCCGCAAGAGAGCAGACGCGUCCCCACAGAAGAGAACGGGGAAGACCCAGCCUGUCGGGGCGGCUUCCAAGUCACAGGUGGUUGAGGAGUCGCCGAAGACACCCGAGUUCUGCGUCAAGGACCUCCCGAUGCCGGCGAGUCGAAUUCAACCGAGAGUCUGCGUGUCCGACGGCUUCUUUUUACCUGUCAGAGAAGGUCCACAGCUCGAGCGGAGUCGUAUGAUGAGGAGCUUCCACCAAGAUCUCUGUCGGCCGGGGCCGCGGGGGUUGUACGACCGGAGGUUGUACGGCAUGGCUCUGGAGCUGUCUCUGUUGAUGCCGACGGACUUGAAAAACUUGAAGCGUUGGCUUCACGAGAGCGUCGCAGAGGUCGAGGAAGAGCGCCAGGAGCUGGCCGAUGUUUGGGGAUUUCUCGAGGUGCUCCCCAGCUUCUGCAUGGUCAACGAGCCGCUGGACUUCGUCUUGGCCUACCGAGAUGAGACCCGGUGGAGACAGUGGGGAGCCGGGUGGAUGGGCAAGAACGGGCGGCCUCUGCCUCUGCCUCCCGACAAGCUCUUGCGUGCGUUCUUCUUCGCAGAGGGCCUCGAGGGCGGUCCCGAUUGGGAGUGCAAAAUGAUGAAGCGAGAGGAGGAAAACAUGCGCCGGUUCAUGAAGGACGAGGCAGAAAAACUCAGGAAAGAGGAGGAGCACCAACGUCUGCUGGAGAAGGAGGCGGAACUGCAGAACUUGAUUCGCUUCAAGGCGAAGCGUUGGCGGCAGCUCCAGUGCAUGUGGGAGAAACUGGUGCAGGCGAUCGAGCUGCACCAGCGGCCGCGGCUCUCCUUUGUUUCUUCGCUCGACGACGGCUUUCCACCAUCGACGAGUGUCGCGACCUGGCUGCACCCAGAGCGUCAACGCGCCUCUAUCGCGACGCCCUGGAUCGCUGCACCUCCCUAUCUGUCCUGCUGUUCGGACGCCGUCACUGGCGACCCGUCAGAAGGGAGCGCGGUGUGUUUGGAGGGCUGCGUCUCUUCCCUGGCUUCUCCCGCGGUUUCCGUCGGAGCCGCCGAGCCGUCAGUCGUGACCAUUUCGUCUCUCUCUGAGCUGCAGGCCCGGGCGAGGCGGUCCGAGUCCUACGCGAGGGCCAUGCACGCGAUGCAGCAAACGCCGGUCAUGCCUUCACCCGACUACGUGCGUCACUUGUUUCGCGAGCGGAAGUUCCGGGAACUCAACACAGUCUUCAAGGCCCUCGUCGGCGCCUCCAUCGAGGACCUCUGGCUUCACUUCGACCGCCAAGAAGCCGAGGCUGAGGCCGCCCAAGCCGCGCAAGCCGCGGCGCAGGAGGCGCAGAACCGCGCGGUCGCGGCGGCUGAGGCCCGGCGGCGGCGAGCAGAAGAGGCGCGGGCGAGGGAGCCCCUGGAGCGGGAGGAGAUGGCGAGAGAAGACGCGCGAGCUCACCAGUGUGAAGCGUUCACCUGGAAGGUCGGGAACCUGCGCCGAAAGAAGCAAGAGUUCCUCAAAUCCAUCCCGAUUUCCCCCUCAGCUACCAAUGCCGUCGAAUUGCUGAUGACGAAAACGAAGAGGGGAGCACGCCCUCGCAGCUCUGGAGACACGAAGCUCGUCAGCCUCCGCAGAGCCGGAAGCUCCAGCAGCGCUUCAGGUCCCACUCACCAGAAACUAAGCGAAAAGCGCGACGCGACUCCCGCUGGACAUUCCGAGGCGCUUCCACGGGGCCAAGCGACUCAGGGACUCCUAUCCAGACGACAGUCGCAAAUGGGCAUUUCUGCUCGGAGUGGGUCGUUGCUUCACCACAACGAAAGCACCCGAGCAGCAGGGCGAAGUCCGGAAGGCUUGACUAGACUUGUUCGCAUGCAGACUGCAGGUCGGGGUGCCCAUCGCACUUCGGCGUUUAUCUAGCAGCGCGUCGAUUUGGAACAGGCACAAACUGUUCCUUCUCCAUGUGAUUUAAUCCUACAUUCUCUCAGUUUCGAAUUUGCUCGGACCAUGAGGUGCAACGAAGUUCGAUACACGCGCUGGACAUACCGCAGCUGAGUCGGACUUCUUGAUUCUACAAGAUACAUUUGCUGACUCUGUGGGAGCCAACAGAGUUCUCUUUGGCUGAUGUACAUACCACAAGCAUGCCACAGCUGAUUUCACUUUUUUGUGACAAACACAAAAGAUAAGUAAGGUGAAUCUUCUGUCAGAUCCCACCAGUUGCUUAUGAUUUCUGUAUCUGACCCCAGUGCCUGUCUUGACGCGCGCGUUGGCCGCAGGGGCUCGGCGCACUCGUGGGGUCUUCACAGAGCCCAGGCGACGCGACAGCGCCAUUCGCAGCUUUCAUUGCUUCUUCGAGUCUCCUGAUCUUCUGUGGAAGGUGCCGCUUUGCGAAUCUUGCGCAGGCAGGCGUCUGUGUCUUCGAGAAACGCUAGCGUUCUCAGCUUCUGAUCGAUGCUAGAAAACGUCGUCCAGACUCCCUCGUGUCCCCAGAGGGACGAUCCAAGUAGCUUCGCGAAUCGGCAGACUGACUUUCGCGCUGCCGUCGAAAGCGCCUGUCUCUCUCAAGUCCUCUGAAGGCAGAUGCGAGAGGAAAUCGGAUGCCGCGUUCGUCCUUCCGGAAGAGCUUCCGAACGCCUUAUACAGAUUGGUAGGAAGAAGCUACACGGUCCUUCGUACAAACAGGCUCGCACGAAGAACAAGCAGAUUCUAGCUUGUCUCUAAAACGCCCGGCCCAAACCCAUUCGGAGAAAGAGCAAUGAGCGUCGACAGCCCUGUCGCCACGAGACUUUUUGUGCUGCAUUUCAGCUUGGUGUGUCUGUCCACUCAGAGUGCAUGUUGAGCCCUCUGGUUCGUCCACCCCAGGGAAAAUCGAUUUUCAGAGCUUCUGUGCAACCGGAGUUGUGUGGCGACACACUGCCGUUUUUUUGGGCUGGUAAACAUCAGAAACACAGGUCUGUUCCGUACGUUCGCUUUCCACUCUGAACCUUUCCUAAUCGGUCGCAGGCUCC